AUGGAGUUGGAGUAUAUGGAGUAUGAGUAUGACAAAACCUACGAUGUAGAGCACGGCGAGGCACGUAAAUCAGAGUAUGAGUAUGACGGGAGAUACCUUGCAGAGCAUGACGAGAGAGCACUCACAGAGCACGAAAGCACCUGCAACCCAGAGUAUGCAUAUGCGUAUGAUGAUACCUCCAUCGCAGAGAACGACGAGACAUACGCCUCAGGACGGUCCAACAACAGAUUCCUCACGGAGCACGACGCGCCACGCAUGUCAGAGUAUGAGUAUGACGAGACAUAUGACUCAGACCACGAACAGACAUAUCCCUCCUCAGAAGACGAGGAGGUGAUCCCCGCAACCUUCUCGCCGCUAAGCAUCCGCGGGACUCGCAGCGACCGAAUCACCUUGGUUUUGCUCCUCAUGCAUGGCUGGCCCGAUUGGGACUUUGUGACCUACCUCGUGGAGGCCCACUGGCACCACCAGCGGGAUAACAACGAAGUAAUGCACCCCGGCAAAUCCCUGGGUGCUAUUCUUGUCUUCCGGCUCCGCGCGCAGAUGCUCAUCGAACUGCUCGACAACCACCGGGCCCAUAAGUUUGAGUACAACGGCCAGCUGACGUGGAAUUACAGGAGUCCCGAGUAUCAGGAUGCGCUGGUUGCUUUCUGUCGCCACAUCUAUCGGGACCAUCGUUUGCAGUUCAACGAGCAAGAUACGCAGCCUCGGUUUUAUGCAACUCAUCGUGGGCAACUGCAGCGAAGCAGAGAGUCGUGCGUUUAG